AUGCAGCCCCAGUACCGCCAAUACGCCGCCCAUGCUGGCGCACCGCAGGUUCCCCAGCGGGCUCCACAUGCCCCAAAUCAACGGAGAGGCGGCAUCGGUAUGCCCCGUUGCGCGACAAGUCCCAAAGUGCUCGAGGCGACAACAAUCGUGCUAACAAUGCCGCCCAAAGGUCCCAUCAUGCCUCCGGCUCACCAUGCUCAAGCAGCCAUGAACCAGGCCGCCAUGGCGCAGCACCAUCCGCCCGGCCAGGCCCUCACGAGCGAGCUCGCUAAGCGCCGCAGCCGAAAGCCUACCGACAAGACGCUGCCUGACGCCGUUGAGGACUGCAUCACGGAUGCCGAGGUCGCCCAGAGAUACAAAGACUUGCGCGACUUUGAGCGUCGCCUGGAUGCUGCAAUGACGCGCAAGCGACUAGACAUUGUCGAGACAGUUGGCCGCAACGCAAAGGUUAGUAGCCAGAGGUUACAUGACUGGGAGCCCCCUUCGUUACGCGCGACAACACCACUAAGUCUCGCCUUGCAGCACUACAAAACCCUUCGCAUCUGGAUCAGCAAUACAGUCGAGGACCAGGCAUGGCAAGGAAGUGGCCUUAGCGUUGAUAGCUUCGACUUCACUCCUAGCGCCGAGCCUUCUUACAGGGUCAAGAUCGAGGGACGUCUGCUUGAAGACGGAUCGGACAAUGGGUCAGAGGAGACUGACCAGAAGACACGUUCCAUAGAAGAGGAUGGCACGGCCGGCUCAAGGAGACAAAGUUCUGCGCCCGCAAGCCAGAAACACCGGCUUUCCCAUUUCUUCAAGGCGCUGAACGUCGAUUUCGACCGCACCCGGUCAAGGGCUGCAUCUGAUCAGACCGUGGAAUGGAAGAAGCUGACUUCGCAAACCCCGCAAAGCGCAGCGGCAGCUGGAGACUUCGACGAGUUUACCUUCAAGCGGAGCGGGGACGAGAACAUGAACAUCACGAUUAACCUUCAUCGCCAGGAGGAUCCGGAGCGAUAUCUGCUCAGCCCUGAGCUAGCCGCUGUUGUGGAUAUGACUGAAGCCUCCCGCCAAGAGGUCGUCCUCGCUAUCUGGGAGUACAUCAAGAUGAUGGGUCUUCAGGAAGACGAAGAGAAGCGCAACUUCCGCUGUGAUGAGCUCCUAAAAAAGAUUGUCAAUGGUAGCGAUACUGGAAUCAUCCCUAACUUGAAUGAUUAUAUCCAGCCGCAUCUGCAGCCUCUACCCCCGGUCAGCUUGCCAUACACAGUUCGUGUCGACGAGGAUUUCCAUAGAGAUGCUCAGGCCACCAUCUACGACGUGCGUGUGGCGGUAGAUGAUCCCUUACGGGCCAAGCUGGUGCCUUUUGUCACCACUCCUGCGUAUGCAAGCGCCCUCAAGGAGGUUAUUGCCAUGGACGAACAGCUCGCGACACUGAUCUCGGCCGUCGCCAGCUCUAAGGCGAAGCACUCAUUCUUCACGUCAAUGAGCCAAGAUCCCGCCAACUUUGUGAGGAAUUGGAUGAGUUCACAGAAGCGGGAUCUCGAGAUCAUCAUGGGUGAAGCAACAAGAGGAGGUGGCGAGGAUGCCGCGGGAGACGACUGGCGACGAGGUGGCAAGGACAGCGUUUGGACGACGUCGAACGCGCGCGAGAGCGUCAGUGUCAUGUUGGCUAAGCAGCCCCCGCAAGCUUCUAGAUGA